AUGGCCGAUCCCCUUUUAAUCAUUGGUAGUCUAGCGGCGGGGUUGCAGCUCGUAUUAAUGACUAUACAGGCUUUGCUUGCCACUAUUAAGCUAAUAAAGAACCUAAAAGAGAUACCUGACAGGCUUGCGGUUCUCUUAAACGAAGUGGACGACUCCAUAUCGCGCCUCUAUUAUAGUUGCAACGCCGGCUCCCGAAUUUUUCAGAGCCUGGAUCCUCCUCAAAUGAAUCGUCUAUCUCGGUACGCGGUCGCACUUCGCCUAGCCUUGGAAGACAUCUAUAACAUGUUAACGCCAUUAUUCGGUAAUAACCAAGGCAGGGUCAGGCCUGUUCGAUAUCUGUGGAGAUCUCUCGUAUCUCUUAAAAUAGAAAAAGAGCUACCAGAAAAGCUACAGAGGCUGAACCGUCUUAAUAUAGAAGUGGUUCGGGAGCUUGGAAUCGUUAGGCUGGAAACACAGUUAGCCACCAGUGGGCUUGUUAUAGCAAGUGGCGCGGCUUCGAGUCAGGGUUUCUCCAAUAUCAAAGCUAAAAUAAACUCGCUGCAAACGGAUUUUCGGAAUUUUACCAUAUUGGGAAGUGUUACUAGAGAAGAAGGCUCUCGGAAGAGCGGUUGCGGGUCAAGCAGCAGUUCAAGCUCUGGCUCGAGGCCAUUAGAGAUAGCAAGAGUCUCACAGGAACGGGCAGAACAGAUACUUCGCUAUCUUUCGGGGACUACUAAAAUCAGUACUACGGCCGGACUUCGUAUAAUGACGCCCGGCGACCUCCCAAGUACAAACCUCGAUUAUAUCCUCUUUAGUAUCCGGACAUUUUAUACGAUAGGAAACUUUGACUUAUCUCCUAUCGUCAUAAGGCCGAAGUUCUGGAAAGAUACCGACCUCGGAAUUUACUUAAUAAAGGUUUCGGAGGGUUUGCAGCGCGGCGCAAGCCAGAGCCAGACUCGAGGAUUCCGGAUUCUCAAGGCAUUAACAGCGGCCGCAGCAAAUACCAUGAGUAAAGGCACGGCCAGUAUCCUUAUUGAGCUUCUGAGCACAUUAUCGCCUGUAAAUACCACCACAUGCCCCCAUCCAAUCGCACUCGUCAUUAACAAGCUAAAGAACGACAAUGGCGAGAAAAACGUGACGCUUCGGGCGCUAGACUUUAUUAUCGAGCGCCUCCGGUCCACGCUUGGUCCUAUCCAUCCGUUAAUGCAGCUUGGAACUUAUUGGCUAUAUGAACUCCUGCACCGGAGCGGCAACUUCACCGAGGCGCUACGGGUAGCCGGCGACGGCAUCCAGGUAAUCCGCGCCCUUCUGGGGCCGGGCUCGUUACAGGAACACUGGCUAUUGCGUCCACCACUAAGUAUAUACUUUGAUAUCGUGGGACAGCGGCUCGACGGGCCGAACCCGGAUCCACUAUACCAUAAUAAGUACGCAGUCAUAAUAAUAGAGGAUAUCGCCAAGACGUACGAGUAUACGGGGAACGGACAGAGCGAGGCCCUAGCGUAUAUUCACGAUAAGCUAAGGGAGUUACUAAAGCAGAUUGGCAAGGAGGAUGAGUUCAAGCUUUGGACCGCAUCAUGAAUCUGUCUUUACAUAGGUGUUGUCAACCCAUAGCACGUGCCGUUAGUGCUUGAGCUCUCAAUAACCACCAAAGCACCCUCGAACGGGGUCGGACGGCGCAGAACAAUCACACCUCCUAUACUAAGCGCAUUACUUGAGCAACUUAUCGAGAAACCCGAACUAUACCAAGGUGAGAUGGCCAUCUUUCUCUACGAUGAGUUCGAGGUUGUAGUAACUCCCACUAUCCAUAGCCAGCAUUAAUAGAACGAGCAAUACGAGAUGCGAGAGAUCUAAAAAGUUUUGCCUCCCCGGUCAGCUCCCCAGAUUCUAGUACACAGGACACAGUAACUGGGUAUCAUGCAGCAACCUUUAACGGAGGUGCCCAGGUACUACAGAGUACACGGGAUGACAAAGGAGCUACGGCGUCAGCUCCAAAAAUGGACGAGGUGGUCUGUG